GUAUCACUAUCAUCGUCGUCAUUAUCAUCAUCAUCAUCGUCAUCAAUCAAUACAAAAUACAUUCGAUGCUAUACGUAUUUUCUCAAAUGGGGCUCCCUCCAAGAUUCAUCAUUACGCCUUCGAUCUAAAGCAAACAACGCAAUUGAUGACUUACCCAUUCACAUUCUUCACUCCCAAUCUCCAUCUCUGUAACUUGCUUAAGCUAAGCUAAGCUCAGCUACCCAACAAAAAUCUCAUCACUCCCACUUCUACCACCAACACGCAGGUUGUUAAAACUGUGAUCUAGGUGUUCUGGUUGCUUGGCGUUGUCAGUACCGAGCCAAAUUUGACUGUUUUCUCUUACCUGAAGAGCAUUGCUACCAUGCUCAAGCAAAUUCUGGGAAAACUCCCACGGAAGUCAUCAAAAGCAGAUUCAUUAGAUUCCACUGGGAGUAAUUCUGGUAACAAUACUGCCAACUUGGGCAAUGGAAUCCAAUUUACCAACAGUUGCAAUGUUGUGUCGGCUCGAUUGAAUGUUGUCAAACGAAUGUCUUCAGCAAUUUUUCCAUCAAGCAACGCUGCUGCAGUGGAAAUGAUGGAGCCCCAUGUGUCUUUCAAAGAUGUUUCAAAUUCAGAGAAGCAAAACCUGUUUGUCAGCAAGUUAAACCUAUGUUGUUCAACGUAUGAUUUCAACAACUCUGAUAAGAACUGUGCAGAGAAAGAUCUUAAAUGUCAAACACUGGUAGAACUUGUUGAUUUUGUUGCAUCUGGAUCUGCAAAAUUUACGGAACCCGCAAUUGCUUCAAUGUGUAAAAUGUGUGCGAUUAAUCUAUUUAGAGAUUUUCCACCCAAGUGCCGGUCUUAUUCUGCUCGUGGCGAAACUGAAGAUGACGAACCAACAUUCGAUCCUGCUUGGUCACAUUUACAACUUGUUUAUGACCUACUCCUUGGAUUUAUAAGUUAUAAUUCUCUUGAUGUAAAGGUAGCAAAAAAGUUUAUAGACCAUUCUUUUAUUUCAAGAUUACUUGACCUGUUUGACUCGGAGGACCCAAGAGAACGAGAUUGUUUGAAAACUAUUCUGCAUCGAGUUUAUGCGAAGUUCAUGGUGCACAGGCCUCAUAUUCGAAAGUCCGUGAGCAAUAUUAUUUACCGUUUUGUUUUUGAAACCGAGCGUCAUAAUGGAAUUGCCGAGUUGUUGGAGAUUUUUGGGAGUGUAAUUACCGGAUUUGCUAUACCGUUGAAGGAGGAGCACAAGAUGUUUCUAUGGAGGGCUCUGAUUCCUCUGCACAAACCUAAAUCAGUGGGUAUUUAUCAUCAGCAAUUAACAUAUUGCAUUGUACAGUUUGUAGAAAAGGAGCCAAGGUUGGCCAGUACGGUGAUUAAGGGGUUGUUGAAAUACUGGCCAGUAAGAAGUAGCCAGAAGGAGUUGAUGUUCUUGAGCGAGUUGGAAGAGAUCUUGGAAAAAAUUAACACGACCGAGUUCGAAAAUAUCAUGGUCCCAUUAUUCCGCCGUAUAGGAUGCUGCCUCAACAGCUCCCAUUUCCAGGUAGCUGAACGAGCGCACUUCUUAUGGAACAACGACCACAUCCUCAAUCUCAUCAUGCCUCACCGGCAAGUGAUUUUCCCUAUCAUCUUCUCAGCUCUGGAGCGGAACACCCAAAACCACUGGAACCAAGCGGUUCUCAACCUGACACAAAAUGUGCGGAAAAUGUUCUAUGAGAUGGACGAAGAGCUCGUGCUCGCCUGCCAAGGCAAGUUUGCCGAAGAAGAUUCGAAGUCCAGAGUCGCAGCUGAGAGGCGACGAUUGACAUGGGAGCGCCUUGAAACCGCUGCUGAUUUUCAAUUUUCCGUUGCUCGUAGUAACGUUUCGGGUCUGAUAAAACCUGCAGCCUGUGCUGUUACCUGCUGAUAACUUGACUAGAAGCUUUUCAUUGCGAGCCUGUGACAACGGUAUUGAUAUUGAAUGUGAAAAAUCAUAGAGGUUGCAGCUUUUAUUGCAAUUUAUGAUCUUGUUAUUGAAAUAUGGAUAUAUUUAGGAUGUCAAUUAGGGUGGGUAUUAUUUGAUGUAUGGGGUUCAAUAGAAGCUUGGUUGAGCAGUGGCGGCGCUGCUGCCUUGAGGGUUUGUAUUGGCUUUUUAUAGGGAAGAAUGGCCGGCCCAUUCAUGGGGCAAUCCCACAUCGAUGCCAUCGAAAUCCUUAUUUGAAGGCUGUUUGUUUAUGCAGUCUUUUUUCUUGUUUGUAUGCUUUAAUAGUCUGCAACAAGUCAAGCAGGUAUGAAGAUGGUGAUAGUCUGCAACAGUUUUUUUUUUUCUUGUCUGUUGGGUUUGUAUCUGUGUUGAGCAAAAUGAUGUUUUUUUCUUGACUUGGUAUGGUUGUGAAUUGUACCUCAACUGUUGCUUGUUUGGAUCA